GCAACCUGAUGCCCCGCGUUGUUUGCUCCGCCCCCUGGGCGCCGCCGUGCCCGCGCCAUGUCGGAGGAGCGCCUCCUCCGCGGCGGGUCCGGUGGCGCCGCGACCGUGCCAGGCUCGCUACUCUGCGGGCGGCGGGCCAAGAGGAGCUCCUCACCGCCCUACGCGAGCAGCCGGACCCGGACGCGGCGCUCCGGAUGCUCAACGCGGCGCUCGCGCGGGAGGACUUCGCGCCGGGCCCCGAGGUGUACGAGGAGAUCAUCCGCAAGCUCGGGGCGGCGGCCGGCGCGGCCGACCUCAUGAGGGUGCUCGUCACGGAGAUGCGGCGGGAGGGGCACCAGGUGAGAGUCGGCGUGGUCCACUCCUUCCUGGAGAGCUACGCGCGGCAGCAGCUGUUCGACGACGCCGUCGACCUGGUUCUGAAUCAGCUUGACCCACUGUUCGGCAUUCAGGCAGACACGGCGGUGUAUAAUCACCUCCUCAAUGUUCUCGUCGAGGGGAGCAAGAUGAAGCUCCUCGAGACAGUGUACUCGGAGAUGGGUGAACGGGGGAUCAAGCCCGAUGUGGUCACAUUCAACACACUGAUGAAGGCGUUGUGUCGAGCACAUCAGGUGAGGACUGCAGUUCUCUUGCUCGAGGAAAUGUCUAGCAGUGGCGUGGCGCCUGACGAGACGACGUUUACCACAUUGAUGCAAGGAUUUGUUGAGGAGGGGAGCAUCAAGGCUGCGCUGAGGGUGAAGGCCAGGAUGUUGGAGAUGGGUUGCUCACCAACGAAGGUGACAGUUAAUGUUUUGAUCAAUGGGUACUGCAAGUUGGGGAGGGUGGAGGAUGCUCUUGGAUAUAUACAGCAGGAGAUUGCUGAUGGGUUUGAGCCUGAUCAGAUCACUUAUAACACUUUUGUUAAUGGUCUCUGCCAAAAUGGUCAUGUUGGCCAUGCUCUUAAAGUCAUGGAUGUGAUGGUUCAGGAGGGCCAUGAUCCAGAUGUUUUCACCUACAAUAUUGUUGUGAAUUGCCUUUGUAAAAAUGGACAGCUCGAAGAGGCGAAAGGAAUUUUAAACCAGAUGGUGAAAAGGGGCUGUUUGCCUGACAUUACCACAUUCAACACUCUCAUUGUUGCCUUGUGCUCGGGGAAUCGACUUGAGGAAGCCCUGGACCUAGCACGUCAGGUGACACUGAAGGGACUUUCUCCAGAUGUUUAUACUUUCAAUAUUCUAAUUAAUGCACUCUGCAAAGUAGGAGACCCUCAACUUGCACUUAGAUUGUUUGAAGAGAUGAAGAGCAGUGGAUGCACCCCAGACGAAGUAACAUACAAUACUUUGAUUGACAACCUUUGCUCACUUGGCAAGCUUAGUAAAGCCUUGGAUUUGUUAAAAGAGAUGGAGUCUGCUGGAUGUCCUCGGAGUACAGUUACGUAUAACACUAUAAUUGAUGGGCUAUGCAAGAAAAUGAGAAUAGAAGAAGCAGAGGAGGUUUUCGAUCAAAUGGAUCUGCAAGGCAUUUUGAGGAAUGCAAUUACAUUUAAUACUCUCAUUGAUGGCUUGUGCAAGGACAAAAGGAUUGAUGACGCUAAUCAGCUUAUUAGUCAAAUGAUAAGUGAAGGGUUGCAACCUAACAAUAUCACUUACAAUUCUAUUCUAACUCAUUAUUGCAAGCAAGGUGACAUCAAGAAAGCUGCUGAUAUUUUACAGACAAUGACUGCAAAUGGAUUUGAAGUGGAUGUAGUUACGUAUGGUACACUAAUUAAUGGUCUAUGCAAGGCUGGCAGGACACAAGUUGCUUUGAAGCUACUCAGAGGUAUGCGUAUAAAAGGGAUGAGGGCUACUCCAAAAGCUUACAAUCCUGUGAUUCAGUCUCUCUUCAGACGGAAUAACACUAGAGACGCCAUGAAUCUUUUCAGGGAGAUGACAGAGGUUGGUGAGCCUCCUGAUGCUUCCACAUAUAAGAUUGUUUUUCGUGGGCUUUGUCGUGGUGGAGGGUCCAUUAGAGAAGCUUUUGAUUUCUUGUUGGAGAUGGUUGAUAAGGGUUUCAUACCAGAGUUUUCAUCCUUCCGAAUGCUAGCUGAAGGUCUAUUAAACCUGGGUAUGGAUGAUUACUUCAUUAGAGCAAUUGAAAUAAUCAUAGAAAAGACAGACCUUGGAGACUCUGAUGUUUCUGCAAUAAGGGGUUAUCUCAAGAUCCGCAAAUUUUAUGAUGCAUUAGCAACGUUUGGCCAUUUAUUGGAGAUCAACAAUCCUCAAUGGAGUUACCGAUGAUGCAGAAUACAUAUCUGAGAUGAGUUACUUGAAUAGUACCCUGGAAAGAGUAGAUGUAAAAUUUGCUGGUUUUUUAUGGGAUUGAAUGCCUUAUAUUAAAUCUAAUAGGUGAUUGUGCUCAUUCCUCAGUUGGGAUGAAGUCAGCUCAUGAAUCUUGGAGUAGAAGCUCAACACUUACAUGAAUAGAAAUCAAGGUUCUAGGUGUUGCCUGCUCCCAAUUAGCACCUAAACCUUGAUGAAGAGUGGACGCAGAUCCCAUCAGCUUAUUUUGAUCAAAUCUGAUUCCAUUAUAUGCCCUAAAAAUUCUUAUUCAUCUUCAUUAGAUAUGACGUAACCUAGGCUGUCAUGUACAGUUAGAUCCCAUCCCUACAUUCUAUGCUAGAAUAUCUUAUGAGUACAUACUAGUUCAUAGCGUUUUCCAUAAGUUCAUUUUAUCUGCACUGAACCCAUCACAAUUGUUGAUCAACUUCAGGUCAGAUUCCUUUUUUGCAAGUCCUUGCUUUUUGAUUGAGCAUGUUUUAUGCAUUCUUUUUCUUCCUUUUGGAUUGACUGUGGUCCUUAUUGGAUUGAAAAUCAGAUAUGUAUUAUCUCAUUUCAUCGAGACUUAUUGUCACUUCUGCAACUCAUAAUGAAUAUAGCUGGACUAUAUUUGAGGCUCGCUUGUGAACCUUGUAUAGCAGUCUGAUGAGUAUCGGUUUCAGUCUAAAAUUUGCAUCCAAUUGGUGUGACAUUCUGAAUACUCUGCAGUUUAUGGUUUCUUUGCCCUGUUGAGGAAUAUUUCAGUUUGUACUUUGCUACAAAAAUGAACUGAUUCAGAAAAAAAAAUCUCAAUUUUAAAGUCAGUAGGGAAGGUUACUCUUGGAGAAGGCUUCAUUUUUCCUCUGAUUUGUCGAACCAUUGAUUGUGUUAUUGAAGGUUCAACCUGUUGGAUUUUUCUUUGGCACAUUGCAAUUCUGACAAACAUGGGCUGUAGCAUACAGGAGUCUGAUGACUGGCAUUCCUAGUUAGACUUCACCUACAAAAGUCCUUAUGGAAAGUGACUCAUCUAGGACAGAUCAAUGGAAACAACAAGACCAGCUAAAAACCCAGCAAUCAAGGUGGGGUCCCUCUUACAUGUACAGCUAGCAGAUGAUUCUUCAUUGUGGCUCCUCUGGACUUGAACAAUCAAAUGAACUGGCCUUUAGUUCGCGGUACACACAGCCAUGAGGAGUGAUGAUCAGGACAUACAAUUGACUAUUGACCCUCACCACAUGACGAGUAUCCAUGUUAUCACUAUAUCUUUCUGGUUGACUGGGUGCCAGCUCUGCUAAAAACUACUACAGGAAAAAAGGUGGGCAUGAACAUGUUGGUGUAGGCGAAUAGUGGCAGAUUCCGUAUGGACCACAUAAACCAUGAGUCAUGCAAGUUUGA